GAUAUUUUUAUUUUCAUUUUCAUUUAACCCAGUUUCCUCUUGGACUGACUUUGAUCGAUCUUCUUCUGCCUAUCCUCUGGCUUAUCCUCUGGUUCCAACAGUCAUUUCUUCAACAUUCCAACAAACCAUGAAUCGCAGAUCAUUCUAAAAUAAGGCGACCCUCGUACAAGUGCCCACGUCUCUUGUCUGCUUGGUUCCAGUGCUUGGGAUCCCACCUGGUCUUAUUUCAGAACCUUAUCGUCCCUGGAUUUAACGCGCUUGGAGCCGGUUGUUGCACUUCUGCAUCUUGAAUCACACUCCGGUGCUGUUGGCAAGGCGCUACUGCUUCUGCUUCGUCUUUGCUGCUUCUUGGUGCGGGGCCUUACUGUUGCAUCCCCCAAAGACCUCCUCGCUUUCUGAUCUCAUUUCGUUUAUCCUCCUCUCCUUCCUCUCUUCCUCCCUCUUCUUCAUCUACUGCUCCCUCCGCCGUUGUGUUUGGGGGCCUUCGCCAUGCUCGCAACCCCCAUGACCCCGCAAGCAUCCCACCCUUCGUCGUCUUCUUCCUCCAACAUGGUCUACAGUCUGGCUUCGACUGCGACCACCAACUCCUCCUCUUCCUCCUCAUCCGCCAGUUCCACACAACAAACUACGAUAUCAUCCCGACCGAAGUUGACUCUCCAAACUUCCUCUCUUCCCCGAACCUUUGGCACAUCGUCAACGGGGUUGUCCCUCUCUCUCGCAGCCGGAACGGCAUCUCCAACCGUCCGCAAUACCUUCAAAAAUGCCUACGAGGUCACCGGCCCUUCAUCCGCCACUGCCUCUCCGUCAUCCAAACACCCAUCCAACCAACGUUUCAGCAAACCAUCCUCUCCAUUUACCACACACAACCCAUACCAACUCCCACUGGGGGUGAAGAGUAUCUUGCGAAACUCGCCGCUCGAGCCGACCUGCCGCCGACGGGCUGGAUCGGUGGCCACUACCGGGCCGAAUGGUGGACCGAGCGCGCGCCGCGUCUUCUUUCCCGCGAAGAAGCAGGUCAGCUAUCGCAAUCCCUUGGAAGAGGAAAUUCAGACCGUGCACUACACGGCACGCCACUCUGAUUUACACGAUGAUCCCGAGCCUGCACUCCAACCUCAACCUCAGCAACCAGAGGUGACCUCAUCAGAUGAGGACUCGGAUUCCAACGCCAGCGGGUGUCCCUCGGAUUCCAGCACUUCCGAAGAUGAGCCCGAGGCCGGCUUAGGGAAGAAGACAUCGUCUCCCAUCAAGCGGAAGAAGCGCAAACAUUCCAAUGCCGAGAGGCAAGUCCGGGCAGUGGCCUUGAUGGACGGAAUCGCGGGACCCAGCAACCCAGGCAGCCUGACACCACAAACGCCGCGCAGGAAGCGAGCUAAACGUCGCUGUGAAUGGCGAUGGACCCUGGGACCAUUAGAGAAUCGUGACAAAUUGCUUCAUCCCGUCCAGGAUGAGACGGGCUCAACAUCAUCCGUGUCCCAGCCUGAAACGAUACCGCACGAGUCCGAAACGGAGACCCCGUCCUCCGACCCUCCGCUGUCCAGCGCCAGUACCACACUCUACCACUCCAGCCCCAGUUCAUCUGUCUCGUCGGAUGUGGAAACGGAAAAUGACGAGUGGCAGACGCACACCACCCACGAACUUGAAUGCGCACAUGCCGAUCAAUGACGAUAACCCAUGCUUGGUUACGAACCCCCUUGCAUUGAUGAUCACGAAUUAUGCAUAUAGACGGCAGAUGAACCACAGCAUACCCCAUCCUACUUUCAGACAUAUUGCUAGAUAGCUAUUAUUGAUUUGGGAUUUUCUUUUCUUUUCUUUUUCUGGUCGGGAAGCUCUACCUUGAAUGUCAGGACGUUCAUGCCAUUUACAUUCACCGACCAGUCAACUUUUUACACUUCUGCCUACUUUCUCUAUAAAUAUUUUCAUAUCUUCUUCCAAUAAUAUAUAUUUCUAUGCAUGUGAAUGCAAUCUGACCAGAUGAUCACAUGGUUACAUUCCA